AUGAACGCCACGUGCGCCAUGACCCGUACCUCACUCAAGAAAAAGCACUAUCUCGAGACCACACAGAUGACUACUCCUUUAAGCAAUACGACAUGCUCUCAAUCGGCUAACGGGUAUUUUGAAAUUUAUUUCGCCGAAAGACUCUUGCUGAGCAGAGGUGCUGUUUGGGAAGCCGGACACACAUAUCGAAAUGCAGCAGAGGAGUGUGUGACUACUGCACUGGGAAUCGCCGCUCUUCGGGGCCACAAAGACACAAUUUGCUUGCUCCUGGAAAAUGGCGCGGGUAUAUAUGGAGAGCCCAAAUAUGAGGAAAUGCCCCCGUCACUUGCACUUCAUGUCUAUGGCUUCCCUCGCCUCGUGGUGUUACUGUUGGUUAAGGGUGCUCCUAUUCAUCCCGCCCGAUCUCGGCUUCUCGAGCAGGCGGUGUUCUAUUCUCCAUUUUAUGUCAUCGAGGUUAUAUUGGAAAAGGGUGUUCACAAGAUAUACGAAGAUGGAGGAGCCGCGGCUCUUCUGGCAGCGCGGGACAACAAACGCCAGGAUAUCGUAGCGUUUUUCAAGGCGUACGGGAUGGUGGAUGGAAAACACCUCCCCGGGAAAGAAUACACUCACCCUGUGGUGUUCCUAGAUGAACAUAGGGUUACCUUGAAUGUGGCUGAAGCACCCCGAUAUUAUGCAUAG